CGCCCCCUCAUACAGGAAAUAAAGACUUCACCAGUCUGCUUACACAAGAAGCAGGCAUUCAUCUGCUCUCAGAAAGUCUCUGCAGCAACCAUGGCCACCUUCGUGGAACUCAGUACCAAGGCCAAGAUGCCCAUCGUGGGCCUGGGCACCUGGAAGUCUCCACCAGGCAAAGUCAAGGAAGCUGUGAAGGCCGCCAUUGAUGCUGGGUACCGCCACAUUGACUGCGCCUAUGCCUAUCAGAAUGAGAAUGAAGUGGGGGAAGCCAUCCAAGAGAAGAUCAAGGAGAAGGCCGUGAAGCGGGAGGAUCUCUUCAUUGUCAGCAAGCUGUGGCCCACCUUCUUCGAGAAAAGCCUGGUGAAGAAAUGCUUUCAGAAAACCCUCUCGGAUCUGAAACUGGACUACCUGGACCUGUAUCUAGUUCACUGGCCACAGGGAUUCCAGGCUGGGAAUGAGAUUUUCCCCACAGAUAAAAAUGGCAAACUUCUCAUGAGUAAAUCCACAUUCUUGGAUGCCUGGGAGGGCAUGGAGGAACUGGUAGACCAGGGGCUGGUGAAAGCCCUGGGCAUCUCCAACUUCAACCACUUGCAGAUUGAGAGGCUCCUGAGCAAGCCUGGACUGAAACAUAAGCCAGUGACCAAUCAGAUUGAGUGCCACCCAUAUCUCACCCAGGAGAAACUGAUCCAGUACUGUCACUCCAAGGGCAUUGGCAUCACAGCUUACAGUCCCCUGGGCUCGCCGGACAGACCUCAUGCCAAGCCAGACGACCCUGUAGUACUGGAGAUUCCCAGGAUUAAGGAAAUUGCUGCAAAGCACAAGAAAACUGUGGCCCAGGUUCUGAUUCGGUUCCAUAUUCAAAGGAAUGUGGUGGUGAUCCCCAAGUCUGUGACACCUUCCCGCAUACGUGAGAACUUUGAGGUCUUUGACUUCCAGUUGAGUGAUGAGGAGAUGGCCACCAUUCUCAGCUUCAACAGAAACUGGAGGGCCUGUGGUGUGUUUGCUGCAAUUAACGAAGAGGACUAUCCUUUCCACGAGGAAUACUGACGCUGAUUCACUUGAUGAGACUGCCUGGUGAAUCCCAUCUUCAUGGUGUGAAAGUCCCUCCUGAUACCUGCCUUAGCCAAAGUGUGUCUAAUUCUGGUAACACUGAGAAUACAAAGACAAAAUAAAAAGUAAAUAAUAGUAAGUCUUGUAGUGUGCUGUGGGACAAUGGUCUUUUUUUUAUCCUGUCACUUGUAUUAUUUUUAAUAAAACGCUGAUUGGCCAGUAGUC